UUGUCCGCCGAUGACUGGGACCUGAUCGGCUGCAUCACUAGUGAGAAGGCUUUACGCUUUGCUGAUGAUGUAAGAGCCAGGCACUGCAAGAAGUUUCGAUAUUUGCAUGAGGCCCAACACCAGCCCGGCCCACCUGACAGCAAGAAGAGACAGUGGUCAACCUGAGUGAUGUGCCAUUGGAUGAAGCGGCUUUCUCGCCCCUGAGCAAGGGCCUCAACUUUGCUGUGGCUCCGGUGUCCGUUCCCAUUAAGGAUAUCCUGUGUGGGGUGGAGAAGGCGAUAGUGGCCCUGCUUGUAGAGACUGCGGAGGAGAUCCGACAGGAGACGGUCAGGAUUCUGAAGAACUCCCGCAAACCCAAGGACAACCUGACUGGUGCCGAGAGAAGAGCCCUUUGGUCCUUAAAAACCAAUGAGGUGCUCACUCUCCUUCUGGCUGACAAGGUUAAUGCAGCCAUGGUACUGGAUACAUCUGACUACAACUGAAAGAUCGCCGCUCUCUUGGAGGAUAAGGCCUACAGGAAGUUGAAGAAGGAUCCAACCAAUACCACAGAGCGCAAGACUGUUCUUCUCCUGAAAAAGUCCCCGAUUGCUGAGGAGGUCUGCUGACAGCUACGACCUCAAGGUUCCAGGCCACCUAGACUCUACAGGUUGCUGAAAAUCCACAAGCCUGACGUGCUGAAAUCCACAAGCCUGACAUUCAACAAAGGCCCAUUGUGAGCACCAUUGGCUCUCCUACCUAUUGCCUGGCCUACUGAGCACAUACACUGACAACGGUCCACACCACUGUCACUCUUCACCAGGGUGCCUAUAAAGGAUACGAUGGAUCUGCUAGGACGACAUUUCGCAGAAGACAUCUUGAGACUCUUCCGCCAUGUCCUGACCACCUCAUACUUCAACGGCCAGUUCUAUGAACAAACCGAUGGUGUGGCGAUGGGCUCGCCACUUUCUCCGGUCAUUUCUGACCUAUGUAUGGAGGACUUCGAGGAGAGGGCACUUGACUUGGCCCUGCACAAGCCCCACUGCUGGUGUCACUACUUGGACGACACCUUCAUCAUCUGGCCACACGGGCCCAACAAGCUCAAGGACUUCCUGAACCACCUAAACAGUAUCCACCAGUGCAUUCAGUUCACAAUGGAGACUCUGAAACUGAGGAGUAUAGAUAUUUACAGGAGACCCGACGGUUCUCUGGCCCAUAGAGUGUACCGCAAAUCCACCCUUACAAACCUCUCCCUUAACGCUGCAUCCCACCACCACCCUUCCAACAAGCAAGCUGCACUUUACACAUUGGUGCACAGGGCUAAAGCUCUUUGUGAUCAAGACAGCCUACAUGUGGAAUUGGUGCUCCUGGGGUAUGUAUUCAGGAAGAAUGACUACAACAACCGGCAGAUCCACAGAGUUCUCAACCAUCAGCCCAACAUCAGCCGGCCUGAAGAUAAACUGGGCUCAGUUGCCUUUCUUCCCUAUGUUGGGACUAUAUUCAACCGUAUCAGCAGAGCGCUGUCCCAGCACAACUUCAAAGCAGUGGGUCUGCCUCCAAACAAAUUAUCCAGUUUCCUCCAGCCGGCCAAAGAUAGCCUGGGACUAAGGACAUCGGGUGUAUAGAGUAUCCCAUAUGAGUGCGGCAAGGUCUAUGUUGGGCAGACGGGCCACUCUGUGGACAGGGUUGAAGGGGUAUCAGUGGCAAUCCAUCUCGAACAUCCGGACAGGUCAGCCAUGGCUGAACACAGCAUCAAUCUGGGACACUGUAUUCAGCUUCAGAAUACCUCCAUCCUUGCCACCAAGACCGAUAUAUGGAUCACAUUAUUAGGGAGGCCAUUGAGAUUGAACUCCAUCCCGAAGAUAUGAACAGGGAAGGGGGGUUUUGUUUCGGCAAGUCAUGGAAGCCUGUCAUCUGUUCCCUAAAAAUCCCCUUGGGACAUGACGCCAGA